AUGUCAGACAAGCUUGGGAAUGUCACUCCACUUGUGUCGCGUCCUGCCGAUGAAGCUGCCAGUGAUCCUGAAACUGAGGGGUCAAAGCAUGAAGAAGAUGCUGCAUCUUCAGGCAGUGGGACUCCGAGAAGUCCAAGCUUCAAUGGAGGCGAGCUGGAUGAUCUGAUGGAUGCUGCACAUGGCCCUCCUGAUGGCCCUGCUGCUCCAGCCCUUCUGCCGGACACUGCAACGGGCUAUGAUCUCUUGCUUGAACAGAUUGAGUCGAAUCUGCUAGCGCAAUCCGACCCCGGUGGUCGAGGCAUCAAGCAUCCUCAGGAUGGCGGGGCAUCUUCAGAGGCCGCUGAAAGGCCUGCCAAGGCAGCUCGGGAGGAAGCCCACAAGGCUCCCCGUAUCAAUGCAGUGACUGCCGGAGAUCACAACGAUGCCGACAUCAGGCCUGUCUUGCAUGAUGACGAGAUUGAUGCUUUAGAGGAUUAUGAUUUUUCUUUCGAGGAGAGUGAUGAUGAUGGCCGGGAACCGCAGCUUUUGCCGGAUGAGUUGGAUGACAUCGACUCGUUGGCUGACUCCUUUGAACUCAGCCGUCUCGUGCGCAUGGGCGUCCUUGAGCCCAUCGAGAGCAGCGAUCCAUUUGUUGCAAAGUCCCGGCUGCUGUCCACUAAGUUUGUGCGUGGCUGGCGACUGAAGCCAGACCCAACUGCUUCUGAUGGCAGUGAGUGCUUCUUGCGAAGGAGCAGGCUAGUGGGAAGAGAAUUCGCAUGGCUCGAUCCGGAGCGUGAACAGUUGUUCUCCCCAGCCUCGAACAACCUCCUUUUGCGUCUGUUGCCAUCCCUCGCCAUGCACUUCAGGAACCGUCAGUGGGUCAGCAUGUCGCUUGACAUCUCAGAUGCAUUCCUCACUGUGCGUCAAGUCAUUGACACUUGCAUCCGCAUGAUUGUGCACGGGGAAGAGCGCUACUACAGACUGAUCAUGAUGCUUCCCGGUCAAAGGGAUGGAACCUUGAAUUGGCAUGAUGCUUUUACGGGUUUCCUUAAGGAUAACUGUGCCAUCGAAACUUUUCCUCAGUGCCCUGCACUCUGUCGGAGCAGCGACCACCUCGUAGGUCUGCUGAUUCAUGUGGAUGAUGUUUUCGGUGCCGGGGCAGCACAGCAAGCUGAAGCAAAUUUCAAUUUCGGUUCAGAGCAAGUACAAGGUGACUGCAUCAGUUUUCUGAAGCGCAGCUAUGAGCUGAUUGAUGAAGAAACAAUGAUCAUCAGACCGCAUCCAAAGCACAUCGAACGACUCGUCAAGCUUCUGAAUCUUGAGAAUCGCAAAUGCAAAGCCACGCCGAUGCCGGCGACUGUGCAGAUUGAUGCCACACCGCUGUCCGCGGAUGAUGCCACCACUUACCGGAGUGCCGUUGGCAUACUGCUUUAUUUGGCACCGGAUGCCAUUGAAGCGCAAAACUGCAUCAGACUUCUGUCUCAACAGAUGGCGUCUCCGACUGCUGGAGGACUGCGAUUGCUUAAGCAUUUGGUUGCAUACUUGAAGGGUGUGACGGGAUAUGCGUUGGCCUUUAAGGUUCCGGAGAAAGGCAAAGGGAUCGUUUCGCAAAUUUCCGAGCAAAACAAGUUUUGCCUUGAGCUGUUUACAGAUGCAGAUUGGAGCGGCGACCCCGAGUCACGCCGCAGCGUCUCAUCUUCCAUCAUAGCUCUUGAUGGACACACCCUCGCUUCCGCGUCAAGGACUCAGAAAACUGUCAGUUUGUCCUCGUGUGAAAGUGAGUUUUGCUCUUAUGUCAGCGGGAUGUGUGACAUGAUCUACGUCAGCAAUUCCUUGGAAUUUCUUCUUGGGGAAGAGAUAGCGCGAUGCACUUUCCUUGAUUCCUCAUCAGCCAAGAGCUUGGUGACCCGACAGGGGGUAGGCCGUACCCGCCACCUCAGUGGCAAGCUACCGUGGGUUCAGAACCUCAGCAAAGACUGCUACAUGAGUGUCUCAGGUGUGAACACGUUGCGCAAUCCAGCUGAUCUGGGAACCAAGGGACUGGCGAAAGAAAGGAUUCUUUGUCUUCUUCACAUGCUGAGUGUGGUUGAUUGCCACAACGGCGACCUGGUCGUCGGUGCAGACGAGUAUCGUGCCAUGGAAGACAAGCUUGCUUUGAAGGCCCGAGUGCGCCGAUUGCAACGCAGGUGUUCCGAUUCAGUGCAAGCGCAUGUGAUGACGAGUGCAUUGCGUAUCGCCAUGAUCUUGAAAAAGAUUGGCCCUGGAAACGCCUUGAGCCUUGGCGCGAAUCUGAGCCCAAUCACCAUUGUUACGGACGGCUGGAGUGUGCUUCCGGCUGUCGCAGUGUUUUGCAUCCUUCUUUGCAGUGUGCUGCUUUUGCAGGGGUGCGAUUCCAGUGACAUGAUCAAUGUGUAUGCUGAGCUUUGGUUCUACAAGCUGGUGGAGCUGGCGGUGAGCAAUCCGGGUUUAGGAUUAGUUGCCGGGAUGGUAGUUGUGGUUUUGCCUUGGUUGGUAAUCCUAGUGCAGUGUUGCCAGCGCAACGACGCGCCGCAUGCCUUCGAUACCUUGUCCGAACAGACUGCAAGCAGUGGGCCCGAGCAUGUGCAAGCCAGCGGCUCACGAGAGCCCGCCGAUGGACCAGGGAGUACUCAGCAAGUCAAUGCCGGCCUUCAUGAUGGUGCCGGCGACCGUGCAACAUCCAGUUGCAGCGCAGGCGUGGAGCCGAUCGCAAGUCCCGAGGAACUCGCAAGAAAGAUGAUGGCCGUCGGACGACGGUGA